GUUUACAAAGAACCGCAAGUGUUCGAUCCCGAGAGAUUCAGCGACGAGAAUAUUCAGAAGAGACAUCCCUAUGCAUAUAUCCCAUUCAGUGCUGGUCCAAGAAACUGCAUCGGUCAGAAAUUCGCCCUCCUAGAAGAGAAAACGGUGCUCUCAUGGUUUUUCCGACGGUUUUCCAUUAGUUCGCGACUGCCAAUGUGGGAUAACAUGCCGCUGCCGGAAAUCAUCCUCAAGCCAUCGCUUGGCUUUCCUGUGGUCCUCUCAAAACGAUGA